AUUGGCACUACUGGUUUUUCCUCACUUCCGUCUUGUGUCUGUCGUUUGUGUCCUUUUUUACAGCGUGUCAUGGUGGAGUAAAAGCUAUCAAAAUGCCACAAAACGAAUAUAUUGAACGUCAUCGUAAAUUGUACGGUCGAAGGCUUGAUUAUGAAGAACGUAAGAGAAAGAAAGAGGCACGUGAGCCACAUAAAAGAGCUCAAAUUGCUAAAAGCCUCCGUGGUAUUAAAGCUAAAAUAUUUAAUAAAGAACGAAGAAAUGAAAAAAUACAGAUGAAAAAGAAAAUUAAGGCACAUGAAGAAAAGAACAUUAAGAAAACUACAGAAAAAGUUCCUGAAGGAGCUUUGCCAGUGUAUUUGUUGGAUCGUGAUGUUCAAUCUAGAGCAAAAGUUUUAUCAAACAUGAUAAAACAAAAACGUAAAGAGAAAGCUGGUAAAUGGGACGUACCUAUCCCUAAAGUUAGAGCACAAGCUGAUUCAGAAGUACUGAGAGUGGUCAAAUCAGGUAAAACUAAAAGAAAAGCAUGGAAGAGAAUGGUGACAAAAGUUACAUUUGUUGGAGAAGGAUUUACUAGAAAACCACCAAAGUUUGAAAGGUUUAUUAGACCUAUGGCAUUGAGGUUUAAAAAGGCUCAUGUAACACAUCCAGAGUUGAAAGCUACUUUUUAUCUGCCUAUAAUAGGUGUCAAAAAAAAUCCAAGUUCGCCAAUGUUUACAAGUUUAGGUGUUAUUACUAAGGGUACUGUUAUUGAAGUUAAUAUUUCUGAAUUAGGUCUAGUUACGCAAGCUGGUAAAGUUGUGUGGGGGAAAUAUGCACAAGUGACAAAUAACCCAGAAAACGAUGGAUGUAUAAAUGCUGUUCUUUUAGUUUAAAAUAAAUUGUGUCUUGUAUUAUGAUGCAUUGUAUUUAUAUGUUGAAGUAAAUAUUCUCUUCUACCAG